AGUGAGUUAAUCAGCAGCAUUGCUUCAGGAAAAAUUCAAAAAAAUGGAGUAUGUAUUCUACCGAAUGGACGUCCACUUAAGAAGGCGAUUCGUAAAGAGUAUCGUAUGAUGAGCGAUAAAGAACGUGAACGUUUUCACGCAGCCAUCAUACACCUCAAACGAAAUGGUGAAUUCGAUAAGAUGGCUAUAAUUCAUGCGCAGUUUUCGAUCAGUGGUGGUGCACAUUCUGGACCUGCGUUCCUACCAUGGCAUCGGGAAUUCAUGAAAAGAAUGGAAAUCGCCCUGCGACAAAUCGAUCCAGAUCUAUCGCUACCGUAUUGGGACUCCACGCUGGACUCACAUUUGCCUGAACCAAAAGAUGCUGUUUUAUGGACGGAGGGUUUGUUGGGAACAACAGAUCAAGAUGGACAUGUCGUAACGGGGGAUUUCGCCGAUUUUGUUACUUUUCAAAAUCAUCCGCAUAUAACACGAAAAGUCGGAGCGCAGGGAUUGCCAUUCCGAGACAGUGACAUUGAAUAUGUUUUAGCACAGCAUCGCAUUGAGAAGGUACUCGCUCACACAGCACCACAUGAGGGAUGCCAGUUCAAGGCUGAAUACGAUGCGUUAGAGUAUACGCAUGGAAAUGUGCACAUCUAUGUUGGUGGUGAUAUGUUCGAGCCUUAUACGUCCGGAAAUGAUCCUGUUUUCUACCUAUUGCAUUCGUUUGUAGACUUCAUUUGGGAAAUUUAUCGGCAACGUAAACAGUCGCGUUAUGAACGAGAAAGGAUGUACCCUGCAGAUAAUCAGCUUUGCAGUAGUGCUCUACACUUUGGAUCUGCAUUAAUGCGACCGUUUGAACCGAAGCGUAACGUUGAUGGUUUAAGCAAUAAAUACACUGAUAAUCUUUAUGAAUUUGCACCAAGACCAAGCUGUAUCAACGGACCCACUUGUGGAUCGAAGUAA